GGGUGAUUAAAUAAUAAAGCGAUCUAGUUAACUGGACUCAAAUGUAAGAAACAAAACUUGUUAAACGACUCCUCACUAACUUCACAGUACAACUUUGCCAGCCCAAUGUACAAGCUCCACUAGCAGCUCCAAUCAUUCCAUUUUAAAUUGUAUAUCAGCAAUGCCCAACUUGACCCGUUCCAUUUUCGUCGCCCAAAUCAGCCCGUUUCCGUCGCAGAACCCAUGAAAUCAGACCUUCAGUCUUUGCCCGCUGAAUCCUCCUAGCUUCGCGCAGUUCUACCGUCCGCAGGCCCAUCUAAUAGAGGUCCAAAGAAAGCACGCCCGUCAGGUGGAUUACCGUCUCUUUUGCAGUGAUUAGCCGGCUAAAACUACCAAACAAAUGGCGGAGACAUCCUCUGUCAAAGGUGGAAGUACAGUGGAGGAAUGCCAAGACAUGAUCCGAAGAAGUCUUAGAACUCCAAUGGUCAAAUUUUUGAAGGAGCAUUUGGAGAAAUCUGGUUGUCGUAUUGGCGAUAACUUCAUAAAAGCUAUCCAUUGUGACAAGAAGGUCAGCGGCGGCUAUGUUCGCGGACAAGGGAUAAUUGUGUGCAGUAACUACAUGAACAUUCAAGAUGAGGUGAAUCAAGUUGUCAUCCAUGAGCUAAUUCAUGCAUAUGAUGACUGCCGUGCUGCAAACUUGGAAUGGUCUGAUUGUGCUCAUCAUGCUUGUAGUGAAAUUAGAGCUGGCCAUCUUAGUGGUGACUGUCAUUACAAACGGGAACUACUAAGAGGUUAUCUUAAGAUACGGGGCCAUGAACAAGAAUGUGUGAGGCGAAGAGUGAUGAAAUCGAUGGCAGGUAACCCAUAUUGUUCGGAGUCAGCCAGUAGGGAUGCCAUGGAAGCUGUCUGGGAUGUUUGUUACAAUGACACUAAGCCAUUUGACAGAGCCCCUUGAAACACGAUGAUAACCGGUAGCUUCUCAGAGAUAAUCUAGUCGGUCUUCUGGCAACAUGGAUAUGGUGAUAACGCCAUAACUGUGUUAUCACCACCUGAAGAAGAUCGAAGACAUUUUGCCGCGUUCUUUCAAUUUUGGUUGAUAGUUUACCAUAAACAGAAGGUGCAUAUUUAUCAGACAUCUUAGCAUUUUUGGGGCUUAUUGACUGCCCCGUGAUGUAACAAGCAUAAAAGCACAUGGUAUAAAGUAAAUUAUUCUUGUGCUGUAUCAGGUUUAGUAAAAUUUGUAGGGAUUUUCUCCUACUCUGGGAAUUUCUCAUAAUAAGUAGUAAUUGUUUCUUCUUA